GCGCUGCGGGUCCCGGCCGUGGGCGCGCUCCGGGGUGGAACGUCAGCACGCAGGCGCGGGAGCCUCCCCGCUAAGGGCGCGCGCCGUUGAGGCGCUAAGGCGCAGGUGUUUCGUAGGGGGCGGAGCCCGAGAGGCAGGCACUGGAUUUCCGGUUCCGGGAGCAACGAACAGCCGCGGAGGCGACAGCUACCGCUUCAGAGGAGGCGGCAGAGGAGGAAGAAGGGGAGUAGGGCAAGGCGGGAGGCACAGAAGGGACCCUCGCCAUGAAUCCACGGGCCUAGAAAGGCGGAAGCUGCCGGCCUGGUGCCGAGCUGGCUGCUGCUACUUCCCGUGGCCUCCAUGGCUGAGGACUGGCUGGACUGCCCAGCCCUGGGCCCUGGCUGGAAGCGCCGUGAGGUCUUUCGCAAGUCAGGGGCCACCUGUGGGCGCUCAGACACCUAUUACCAGAGUCCCACAGGAGACAGGAUCCGAAGCAAAGUUGAGUUGACCCGAUACCUGGGCCCUACAUGUGAUCUUUCUCUCUUCGACUUCAAACAAGGCAUCUUGUGCUAUCCAGUCCCCAAGGCCCAUUCGGUGGCCGUCCCCAGCAAAAAGCAAAAGAAACCUUCGAAGCCAGCCAAGACUAAGAAACGUCAAGUUGGACCCCAGAAGAAUGAGGUCAGGAAGGAGGCCCCAGGGGAGGAGACCAAGGCUGACACUGACACAGCCCCAGCCUCAUUCCCUGCACCUGGGUGCUGUGAGAACUGUGGAAUAAGCUUCUCAGGGGAUGGUACCAGAAGGCAACGGCUCAAGACAUUGUGCAAAGACUGCCGAGCACAGAGAAUUGCCUUCAACCGGGAGCAGAGGAUGUUUAAGCGUGUGGGCUGUGGAGAGUGUGCAGCAUGCCAGGUAACUGAAGACUGUGGGGCCUGUUCCACCUGCCUCCUGCAGCUGCCUCAUGAUGUGGCCUCAGGGCUGUUCUGCAAGUGUGAGCGGAGACGCUGUCUCCGGAUCGUGGAAAGGAGCCGAGGGUGUGGAGUAUGCCGGGGCUGUCAGACCCAAGAGGAUUGUGGCCGUUGCCGUAUCUGCCUACGCCCUCCCCGUCCUGGUCUCAGGCGUCAGUGGAAGUGUGUCCAGCGACGCUGCCUACGGGGUAAACAUAGCCGCCACAGGGGGCGCUGUGACUCCAAGAUGGCUCCCCGGCGGCAAUCCAGAGCCCAGCCACUGCCUCCACCUCCCCCAUCACAACCCCCAGAGCCCACAGAGCUGCACCCCAGAGCCCUGGCCCCCUCGCCACCUGCCGAGUUCAUCUAUUACUGUGUAGAGGAGGACGAGAUACAGCCCUACACGAACCGCCGGCAGAACCGCAAGUGCGGGGCCUGUGCAGCCUGCCUACGGCGGAUGGACUGUGGCCGCUGCGACUUCUGCUGCGACAAGCCCAAAUUCGGGGGCAGCAACCAGAAGCGCCAGAAGUGUCGUUGGCGCCAAUGCCUGCAGUUUGCCAUGAAGCGGCUGCUGCCAAGCGUCUGGUCAGAGUCUGAAGAUGGGGCAGGAUCGCCCCCACCUUCCCGUCGUCGAAAGAGGUCCAGCUCUGCUCGAAGGCCCCACCUGGGCCCCACUCUGAAGCACCCCUUGGCUACACGCACAGCCAAACCAGGCCGUGCCCAGACUUCAAUGAAGCAGGAAGCAGGUGGUGGCUUUGUGCUACCUCCUCCUGGCACCGACCUUGUGUUUUUACGAGAGGGUGCAAGCAGUCCCGUGCAGGUGCCAGGCCCUGCUACAGCUUCCACAGAGGCCCUGUUGCAGGAGGCCCAGUGCUCUGGCCAGAGUUGGGUUGUGGCCUUACCCCAGGUGAAGCAAGAGAAGGCGGAUGCCCAGGAAGAGUGGACACGGGGCACAGCCAUCCUGACUUCUCCUGUAUUGGUGCCUGGCUGCCCUAGCAAGGCAGUAGACCCAGGCCUGCCACCUGUGAAGCAAGAACCACCUGACCCUGAGGAGGACAAGGCAGAGGAGAACAAGGAUGACUCUGCCUCCAAAUCAGCCCCAGAAGAGGAGGCAGGAGGAGGGGCUGGCACACCUGUGAUCACGGAGAUUUUCAGCCUGGGUGGAACCCGCUUCCGGGACACAGCAGUCUGGUUGCCAAGGUCCAAGGACCUUAAAAAACCUGGAGCUAGAAAGCAGUAGACUGGAGGCUUCUGCAGACUGUAGGAUUCAAGGUGAUAUUUGCAGACCGGCUUUUUGAGAGACAACACUGAUCUACUGGGGGCUGGACCCUAGAUUGGUUGCCAGGGCUUGUGUGUGAAUCAACCCUAGGAGGAAAAACCUACCACAAACCAGAGGAACAGGCCUAACAGUACUUUGAGCUUAUAGAAGAAGUAAGCGGGAAAGGAAGACAGAAAGAGUAGAAAGUUGGUGCAUCUAUCUGCUCCUCCCCAAGAGCCUGAGUGUGAUAAGAAGUUGGAUAUUACGGGUGGGGGAGCUGGGGUGGGGAAAGGGGAUAUAAUUAAAGCCACAACAAAACAACCUAAAUGGGCCAUCUGUAUAAAUAAUUUAAGUGGCUUCUGGAUGAGACCUGGUAGUGUCUCUAAACAUUUCCUCAGGGAGACAGCAAUUGCAAAUGUAAUGUGAAAAAGGAGGAAAGGAAAGGAACUGCUAUUUGGUGUGUUCCUCCUGUGGACCCCAUUUAUUUAAUUCUCAAAAUAGUCUUUUUAGGAAGACAUUGAUUUUGCCCAUUUUUGCAGAUGGGAAAACUGAGACUCAAAGAAAUUAAUUUGUCCAAUGUCAAAUAUGUUAGUAGAGCCUAGAAUUAAACCCAGGUUGUAAAGGCCAUGUUCUUUAAACCACUAAACUGUAAACUGUAAUCCUGUAUGCAAUAAUGUGUAAUAUUAUAGUAACAGGAGUUUUCAGUGACCUUGAAAACACACAGUGGAUUACUAUAAAUACUAUAAUAAAUCCCUUAUACUCCUGUCUCUAGCAUGGUUUAGGGAGUGCCAAGGCUGUAUGUGGAAAGGGUCAUCUUGUCAGAGCAUCUGUUCAUCCAGAAACUGGGUUCUCUGCAGGCCCCAUGUGCUGCAUCAGAUUCCUCAGACCCUCAAGGCUAUCCCUCCUCACUGACUAUUGUCCAUUUUGCUUGUUACCCUGACUCCCCUUCCUCAGCCAGGGCAGUCUGUGGAACUAAAGCUGCCAGCCUGGCUUGUCUUUCCUAACAACAUGUAUCUCCUGCCCUCUGAUGACCUGUGUGCUUAGUUCCUUCCCUCAGCCCGAAUGUCUACUAGGAGGCUGAAUUCCUGCUUCAAGUCCUGCCCAAGGGCCAGUGUUGGCUCAGCCCUACCUCACUUUCUCCAACUUCAUUCAUAAAGUGCCAAAACAAUUAGACCUGUAAUUUGUUACUUAGCCAGCUUUACAGGGCUAGGACUGAGUGAGUGCCUCCUAAAAUUUUGUACCCUGUGUGCCUCCCUUGCCUUACCCUAGUCCCAGCCCUUUCAGCUUUAGGUAAUUCAGAUAUGGAUUAGCCAUUUCCCAAUUCUAACUCAAAAUAUAGCCCUCUACCACCCUCCUCUGCCCGUUCCUUUGAAUCACCAUACCUAGCUCAGCCCAAAUCAAGACUGGAUAAUCUGAUACUGCUUUGUCUCCCCCCGCCCCCCCAAUCCAACCAGCCAACCCUAGUAUUCUGGUGAUUUUGACAAUGAUGUUCUAAGUGAAAUUUGAUUGGCAUUUUGAUUCAUGAAUUAAGAAUGUGCUUUCCAUGUGUAUUAGGGUUCAGUCACAAAAGCAGAACCACUAAGAUAAAGAUUAUGUAUAUAUGUAUUUUAAAGGAUUUAUUAUAGGGAUUUGACCUCAUGCAAUUGUGGGAGCUGGUUAAACAGUUUCUGUAAGGCUGUUAUCUUUGCAUCUAAUGCUGGAGCUUGAAGUCUGCAGGGCAGGCAGUCGGGAAGGGAAGAUGGAUAUAAAGUAUGGGAGACCGAGGACACAGCACAGCCCACAAGCACAAGCUGGAGCCCACGAGGAUGGCCUGGAACCUAUGUCAGUCUCUCACCACCUCCAGCUUCGAUGAUGUGGGUGUCCUGCAGAAGAAACUGGUGCCCUUCCUCACAGAGUUAAAUAUGCAUCUGCCUAGGAAUUAGAGAAGCUGAAGGAAGAUCCUGGGGAAGGUGGAGCAGCUGUAGGCCUGGCUUCAGGCCUGUCUGUUGCCCCACACGAACGAGGUGAGCCAGCUGAUAAAUGACAACAUGAAUGAACUGCAACAGCACCUGGUGUCCCUGCACCAGCCUUCCAAGUGUAAAAAGAAUAUGCUGCUGCUUCACUUCUGCCCACCAAUUAUCAGGCAAAGUGUCUCUGUGGCCCGUCUUAACUGGAAGCAUACAGGGAAGGGAGUUCUGGGAAAUAUAGCCUAGCCAUGGUGACCCAUUACAAAGCCACGUUGCUAUGGAUCAGCCCCCAAAGGGUCUCUCUAUUCACCUGAGGAUAACUCGAUAAAACUACAUUGCUGAAAAUGCAAAGCUGAAGACCAUGGAUUUCAUGGUGAUUCCAGCAAGUACAGAAAUUCCGUCAAGCCCACCCAGAAAAAACUUGCUGGUCUUGGCUAUUUUUGUGUCUUUCAUUCAAGUAUUGAGAACCUGGCGCAUGGUAGGCACUUGUACUUAAUACUGGGAUACAGAAAUGAAAAAGAUAUGGUCCAUGCGAUUUUAUUAAAUGCAUCAAUAUGUAUUACAAAUGAAUGGAUUUCCAACUUUAUCAUGGAAUUUAAUGCUGAAAAUAUAGAAUUCAGGAAACUAUCAGGAGGACAACCCUUGUGUCAACCUUGUUUGGGGCACAACGGGAAUUGGAAAUACUUUAGUUUCUAUCUCUGAGCUGUUCUAUUUUAAAAUUAUUUUUAAAUGAUUUUUAUUGUUCCAUUUA